CCCGUGAACAAUCUUUUAAUGCCUGAAAUUUUUCAUGACGUCAUCUUAAACUCUUAACCAACUUCUCUGCUGGAUUCUGUUUUUUUUUUUUUUUUUAAAUUUCGUGCUGAAACAGAGUUUUAAAGCUCGGUGUUUUUGGAGCUAAAGCUUGAAUUUUCAGAAGGAUUCCAUUGGAGGAGAUGUCAUAUCUAGAGAGAUGCUUCGCCCAAUAAACCGGAAGCUUUGACUAACUUGGUCAAGAAUGGGCAGUUAGAGAUCGUUGGAGGUGGCUGGGUAAUGAAUGAUGAGGCUAAUUCACAUUAUUUUGUCAUAAUUGAACAGGUAUGUUACAGCAACAUGUGACUUUCCAGUUCUCUGCUCCUGUUUGUUUUUAGAAAUAUAACUCUUACUGAAACAGAUAUGAUGACUGAAACAAAGAUGAUUACUGCGUUUUCAUUUAAUGUUUCUGUUUCCGCUAGCCACUUAGUGUGUAUUUAUUACGUUACUUAUUACGUUACCCACGGUGUCCUACACGAUGCCGUCACUGAGCAUUUCCAACUGUGUCACUAUCACUCUCAAUGGACAGAACUACUCUUUGUGGAAGACUCAGUUUGAGACGUUUUUGGCGGGUCAAGGUCUAUUAGGCUUCGUCAACGGCUCCGUUCGUGCGCCUUUACCCACUGUCAGCGUUCCUGGAAUUAACGGCACUACAACAGAGAGGCCAAAUCCAGAGUUUCAGCAAGAACAGCAAAACUGGCUCAGAACUAACUCGGUUGUCAAGUCAUGGCUCCUUGGUUCCUUUGCUGAAGACAUACUCAGUGUGGUCCAACACUGCUCUACGUCCUAUGAGGUAUGGCAUACUCUAGCAAACCACUUUAAUAGGGUCUCAUCCUCUAGGUUGUUUGAGCUUGAGAGAAAGUUACAAACUUUUCAAAAGAAGGAUAAGAGUAUGUCGGUUUACCUUAGGGAACUUAAGAGUGUUUGUGACCAAUUAGCUGCUGUUGGUAGUCCUGUUCAAGAACAAAUGAAGAUCUUUGCUGCAAUGAACGGUCUAGGACGAGAGUAUGAACCCAUUAAAACAACGAUUGAGAAUGCUCUAGAUUCUGCUCCUAGUCCUACUCUAGAUGAUGUGAUACCGAAGCUUACUGGAUACGAUGAGAGGCUUCAGGCUUACUUGGCUGAGAACACGAUAUCUCCACACUUAGCCUUUGCACCGACUUAGACCAAUGAAUCCUAUCACCCACAGCAACAGUACGGUGGUAGGGGC